GCCCCUCCGCAUGCUUAGAGAUCUGCGCUCCUUCGUCUGAGCUGCAGGAGUUCGGUCAGACCGGAAAUAGGCGGGUCCCUCGACGAGGACGGGGCUACGGGGGAGACGGAGAGGGGGUCACUGUUACCGACACUACUGAGUUCAGCUGCCAUGGUCCCCUUCAGUUUCUGAGUCAUUAUGGGCUACGUGAGCGCGCUCCCGCUGUGCGCGCUCCUCUUCUUCGCCUGUGGUAUCCUCGCUGACACAAACUUUCAGAGCCACUUGCUGAUGUUCCCACAGAAUCCGGUGAUCGAGAUCGGAACCAACUUCACAGCGACGUGCCUGAUCUUCAACACGACGGAGGUCACCGCCGAUGAUCUGUAUUGGAAACUGUCCGAUGUGAACAUUCCCAGAGAGCAGUACAGGAAGAUCAACAACUCUGCCGUCAGCGUGACAGUCCCCAUCACAAGGGACCGAUCCAUGGAAUGGCUGUUCUGUCUCUGCAACAAAAAGUCCAAUUAUGUGAUUUUGAAUAAAGGGAAAUUCAUGCACGGCCUCUCACUCAGAACCGGCUAUCGUCCGGAGAAACCGCAGAACCUGAGCUGCAUUAGCUUUCAGAGGAAAGACGCCUUCCUCUCGCCCCUGCAGUGUCGCUGGGAAACCACGGGGCGCCAGACCCCGCAUGUGCCUGUCACGUUCACGCUGAAAGUGAUGCAAGUCGUCAGCGCUAAAACGAUCAGUAACUCCACCAAGGCCAGCUGGGCUCAGGUGGAAUUUGAAUCCUACCCCUUUCACACGGAGCUGGAGAUCUGGGUGGAGGCAGUGAACGAUCUGGGAGCAGUGGAGUCCGAGCACCUCAGAAAGGAAGCUCAGCACUUUGUGAAAACAAACCCUCCAGAGGUGAAGGUCCUCUCAGAGAAGAGCUUCCCAACCUCCCUGCUUCUGAACUGGACUACUCCCAUUCCGUCGCCUUACAUCAGAUUGACGUACCAAAUCAGAUUCUGUUCGCCCAAAUCUCCUGGCUGGUCUCAUGUGCCUUUAUCUGACAUUAACGACAAGAUGAACUCCUAUAGACUGCAAGACCUCCGAGCGUACACGCCUUACACAGUUCAGGUUCGCUGCAGUGACGUUGACAACCCCCACGGUUACUGGAGCGAAUGGAGUCGCAACGUCACCAUGAUGACGCCUGGUGACAAACCAUCAAGUCCACCGAAGUUGUGGAGGACCGUGGUUCAGAACGGCACCCGCGAGCGACUAGUGCAGAUCAUCUGUAAGGACCCUGAAUUCUCAAACGAGAAGAUAACGAGGUUUGAUGUGAAGGUUCAAAAGCUGAAGGACGGAGCGUCCAACCAAAGCGAGGGCUGGAAGAGUGUGUUUGUGAACCGGUCGGAGGCCGAGGACGCGGAGAGGAGCAUCACUCUGCUGGAGCAGAUCUCCCUGUCGGAUCUGCAGUCUGUCAGAGUCUCCGCCGUGGCCUUCAACUCUUUGGGGCCGUCUCCUAUGACGACCCUAACCUUCCUGGACAAACCCCAGGACAACCCCCCUGUGGAGGAAAUGGAGGUGUGGCCUCACGAGGGCCAGCUGAUGGUGGAGUGGAAACCCCCUCGCGGGAGACUUCCGUCGGAGUAUGUGGUGGAGUGGCUGAGUGAUGACAGCCUGGACUGGCGGCGAGCCAGCAAGUCCAGCAAACACAUGCUCACAGGGAAGCUGGAGCCCUUCGUGUGCUACACCGUGUCCAUCUAUCCCAUAUACAGUAAAAAGGUCGGAAAGCCGGUUCAGACGCUGGCUUAUGUGGAACAAGGAGCUCCCAAGCAGGGCCCGUUCGUCAAGCUGGACGGCGAACCCAGACACAACGAGGCGUCGCUGGUGUGGGAAGAGAUCCCUCCGCGCUUCAGACGAGGGUUCAUCACAAACUACACUGUCUACUACAAACUAGGGGAGGAGACUCGAGCCGUGUCCGUGCCCGCCAACUCCACGUCGCUGAAGCUGGAGUCUCUGACAAGGAACUCCCACUAUGAGGUGUGGGUGCAGGCCUCCACUGUGGCUGGCUCCACCAACGGCUCCACUCACUCCUUCAUCACCAUGAAAUACGCUCCUGAAAUCAUUGAGGCCAUCUCGCUGGGGGCCGGACUGACCAUUCUUGUGGUUUUCCUGAUUUGCAUCUACAAGAAGGACACCAUCAUGAAGCGCCUGUGGCCUCGAGUCCCUGACGGCAGACAGAGCUCCAUCGGGACCUGGUCUCCAGACUGCUCUCUGAAGGUGGAGCCUCCAAAGGAGAGCUGUGUCUCUGGAAUCAGCGUGCUCGUGUCCAUGUGCGAGUCCCAGAACGGCUUCGAGGAGGACAAGGCCAGCCUGUCCCUGAGGAAGGACAAGUACACUUCAGAGGAGCACAGCAGCGGCAUCGGCGGCUCGUCCUGCAUGUCUUCACCCCGUCAGAGCGUGUCGGACAGUGACGAGGGCGCCGACAUAGCGGACACCACGGCCAGCACCGUGCAGUACUCAUCCGUCGUGGCGUCCAGCGCCUACAAAGGCCAGACGCCCGCCUCUCAGCCGCAGCAUUCCGUCUUCUCCCGCUCGGAGUCGACGCAGCCGCUGCUGGAUUCAGAGGAGCACAUGGACAUGUUUGUGCAGGAGGCGAGCGGACGCUUUGAGCGCCUCCCCCCGCACGACAACACCUGCUCAGAGGUGUUCAGCGCACCGGACGAGGAGCAGCUGGACUGCUGUCAGGAAGCAGACGACCUGCAGGCGGACGGGCAGCCGGCGCCGUCCAGCUACAUGCCUCAGCUGGGAGGCUACAAGCCACAGUGAGGACCCCCCACACGGCUCAGGGGGCGUGUGCCUUCAGUGUUUAGCAGCGACAAUGACUGCAAUCCUCAGCAUUUAAUCUCAGCUUUGAUCUGUAACGAUGCUGCAGCUCAAACUCACCUCAUGUGCACGCCGUCAGCCACGCCCCUUAAAGGGGAACUCGAUCCAGGACACUGGUAAGCACCGCGGAGCAAGGCAUUACUGGUAACUUGCACAGAAGCUUUCUUUCACCUGUAAACACUGCAUUAGAGACGUGCUUGUAAAAGUUCAAUAAAGUUUCUUUUAGCAGUU